CUCGCCGUAUCUAUAUAUAUUCCCCUCCCGGCUCCCAUUUCCCUUAGCUUGCUUCCUUCCUUCUACUUUCCUCAUUGUCCUCAGCGAAACUCAAAGAACAUCUUACAACCCUCGAGAAUGGUGAGAGCUCCGUGCUGCGAGAAGAUGGGGUUGAAGAAAGGGCCGUGGACGCCGGAGGAGGAUCACGUACUCGUCUCUUACAUUCAGCAGUACGGCCAUGGAAACUGGAGGGCGCUUCCCAAACUGGCAGGGUUGUUGAGGUGUGGGAAGAGUUGCAGGCUGCGGUGGACGAACUACCUGAGGCCGGAUAUCAAGAGAGGGAAUUUUAGCAGGGAGGAAGAAGAGGCCAUCAUCAACUUGCAUCAAAUGUUGGGGAAUAGAUGGUCAGCAAUUGCAGCAAGAUUGCCGGGUCGCACAGACAAUGAAAUAAAAAACGUUUGGCACACCCACUUGAAAAAGAAGCUCAGCAUCAAGCAGAAUUCUACCACACCAGAAGCACAAGGUCAGGAAUCCGAACCCGAACCCGAACCUGAAAAUACUUCAUGUUUUGCAAAAUCCGAAAGCUUCGAAUAUGGGCCGGUUUCCCCACCUCAAUGUACUACGAGUGCUGAUGACACCUCCUCAUUCACCACCAGUGAGAACAAUACCUGUAGUGCUAAUAUGGGCAUGAAAGUAGACUACGAAAUGAAUUUACCCCAAGCGGACGAGAGCUUUUGGUCAGAAGUACUAUCAGCUGAUCAGAACUGUUCCAACGAGACGGUGAGUUGCGAUUUUGAUCAGGCAAUUGGUGCAGCAGCAGAUCCACAAGUGAACGCAACUGUGGAAGUUCCUGUCGAUUUUGGGUUUAGUGGCUCAAAUAUGUACGAUAACUGCAUGGAUUUUUGGUACAACGUUUUCACAACAGCAGGGGAGAUUUCAGAAUUGCUAGAGAUUUGAUAUGAUCAAUCAGGAAUGCUGUUUUGUAGCGUUGUUUGAUUGAGUUGGGAACAUGGAAUUUGAGUUGCUCGUGUAAGUCCUAACUCUUUGACCCUUAAAAUGAGAGUAUAUGCGUUUCAACGCGGCACCUGUAUACUAUUCGGUCUUGUCGGAAUGAAUAUUUUUACUUUUAGUUUUCAACGAUCAA